AUGUCUGACAGCGAGGACAGCAACUUUUCAGGCAAUGAAAGUGACGGUGGUGACAAGGCAGUGUCAAAUGACGGCAGCGAUCACGAUGACAGUGACCAUAAUGAUGACAGUGACAAGGAGGACAGUGACAAGAAUGCCGACAGUGAUGCUGAGCCAAGCAAGGCCGUGGUAGAUGAUGAAGCAGAGGAAAGUGAGGGGAAUGAGGAAGAAAAGGAUGGGGAUGAAGAGGAGCCCGAAGGAGAGGAUCUUGACGAUGAAGACGAGUAUGAUGAAGAAGAAGAUGAGGAGGAAGAAACCAGAGCACGCAAGAAAAAACGGAAAGGCGCCCUUGGCUUCAUCAUUGAUGAGGCUGAUGUGGAUGACGAAGAUGAUGAGGAUGACGGGGAAUGGGAAGAUGGUGCAGAAGAGAUCAUUGAUCGAAAGUCGACCUAUGAUACCUCAGAGCGCGAGAUUGAGAGCCAUCAAAGACUGAGACAUAUUUGGGAGAGCCAGCGAGAAGAUGAGAUUGAACAGUACUACAGGCAGAAGUUUGGCAAUGUGACCACGGCCGAGCGGUUUGGGGAGGGAGAGGAGAUGUCUGAUGAGAUCACGCAGCAAGGCAGAUUACCCGGAGUCAAAGACCCAAACUUGUGGGUGGUCAAGUGUCGAAUGGGAGAGGAGAAGGCCACAAUCGUUCACAUCAUGAGGAAGAUGAUAACCUACCAGUUCACUGAAGAGCCACUCCAGAUCAAGUCUGUGGUUGCCAAGGAAGGACUGAAGGGCUACAUCUAUAUUGAAGCUUUCAAGCAGACCCACGUGAAACAGGCUAUAGAAGGCAUCGGCGCUUUACGAAUUGGCUACUACAAACAGCAGAUGGUUCCUAUUCGUGAGAUGACCGAUGUUCUGAAGGUCGUGAAGGAAACUGCCAGUCUGAAACCCAAGGCCUGGGUUCGACUCAAGCGGGGUAUAUUUAAGGACGAUCUUGCUCAGGUGGAUAUUGUUUAUCCGUCUCAAAAUGAAGUUGAGUUGAAGCUGAUCCCAAGGAUUGAUUACACUCGCCCCCGCGGCGCCAUGAGGUCAUCUAGUAGCAACCAGGACCAGAAGAAGAGGAAACGUAAGCCGCCGCAGAAAUUGUUUGAUGUGGAGGAAAUCAGGCGUAUUGGUGGUGAAGUUACAUCUGAUGGUGAUUUCUUGAUGUUUGAGGGCAACAGAUACAACCGGAAAGGAUUCCUAUUCAAACUCUUUGCCAUGUCUGCAAUUAUUGCAGAAGGAAUCAAGCCGACACUGGCAGAGCUUGAGAAGUUUGAGGAUCAACCCGAGGGCAUGCAGGUUGAAUUGGUGCCAGAGAAGCAGGAGAGUGACGUUGGCCACACCAUGGCACCGGGAGAUGUGGUGGUGGUGGCCGAGGGAGAAUUGCAGCAUCUGCAGGGUAAAGUCAUCAAGGUGGACGGCAACAAGAUCACCAUCAUGCCCAAACAUGAGGACCUCAAGGACCCUCUGGAGUUUCCAUACACUGAGCUUAGAAAGCACUUCAAGAUGGGUGACCAUGUGAAGGUGAUUGCCGGAAGAUAUGAGGGCGACACCGGCUUGAUCGUACGAGUUGAGGACAAUGUGAUCGUCUUGUUCUCAGAUUUGACCAUGCAUGAAUUGAAAGUGUUACCCAAGGAUAUCCAGCUCUGUGCGGACAUGGCCACCGGUGUGGAUUCCCUAGGACAGUAUCAGUUUGGUGACCUCGUCAUGUUGGACCCCCAGACAGUUGGUGUUAUCGUCCGCCUGGAGAAGGAAAACUUUCAGGUCCUCAGCAUGCAUAACAAGGUGAUUAACGUGAAACCUCAGUCUAUAACAAGAAAGAAGGAUACCAGAAAUGCUGUUUCCCUGGAUUCAGAAAAUAACAAUGUGCAAGUCCGGGAUAUUGUUAAUGUCAUUGAAGGUCCUCACUCGGGCAGGACUGGCGAGAUCAAGCAUUUGUAUCGCAGCUUUGCAUUCCUCAACUCCCGUCUGAUGACAGAAAAUGGUGGAUACUUUGUUUGCAGGACCAGACAUUUGACGCUGGCUGGCGGAGGGAAGGUUGGUCAAAGCACUACACCAUUAGUGGGCGGAUUUGCUCCAAUGUCUCCUAGAAUUUCCAGCCCAGCUCACCCCAGUGGUGGAGGUGCAGACAGGGGAAGAGGGCGUGGUGGAGGAGCUGGAAGAGGUGGCCUUACCCGCCGAGACAGAGAGAUCAUAGGACAGACAGUGCGUAUUGUACGAGGACCGUUUAAGGGUUAUAUUGGUAUUGUCAAGGACGCCACUGAGAGCACGGCACGUAUUGAACUUCACUCUAGUUGCAAGACCAUCUCUGUCGACCGCUCUCACUUGAACAACCUUACAGGGGCCAAGCCUGCAGGUGGCCAGGAAUCCACAUACGGAGGCCGUACGCCAACAUUUGGUGGGCAGACACCCAUGUACGGCUCAAGGACCCCCAUGUAUGGAUCACAGACACCCUUGCACGAUGAGUCUCGUACUCCACAUUACGGAGGAAUGACUCCAUCGCACGAGUCUGGUGGCAGGACUCCAAGUGGCGGGGGCAGCAGUGUUUGGGAUCCCUCCAAUGCCAACACCCCAUCAAGAAACAAUGAUUUUGACUUCAAUUAUGACGAUUCCCCAUCCCCUGCUGACUUUGGGGCCACACCAAACCCAGCCACGCCAGGCUAUCAUGCCGACUCCCCGACCCCCAUGGGGCCUUACACUCCCCAGACGCCAGGCAGCGCAUAUUCCCCCUACCCUGCUACAUCUCCUGGAGGGUUUGAUGCUCAGAGCCCUGGCUAUAUCGGAACCCCGAACCCAGCCAUGAUGUCCAGCCCGAGCCCAGCCAGUUUUGCAGGUAGUCCGUCUCCCAUGGGGUACAGUCCCAUGACUCCGCUGGCUCCAUUCACCCCACAAACACCAGGGGCAGUCAUGGAAUCUGGCUUAACAGACUGGCAUACAACAGAUAUUGUAGUGAAGGUGAAGGCCACACAUGAGAACGAGCAGCUAGUAUAUCACACUGGAAUCAUCAAGGGCAUUAACGGUGGUAUGUGUACAUUGUACCUGACUGAAGAAGAGAAAACUGUCACUGUAGGCUGUGAACACUUGGAGCCUGUCCUGCCAGAGAAAGGAGAUAAGGCAAAAGUAAUCAUCGGCGACAACCGUGAGGCCACCGGCUCACUGAUCAGUUUGGACGGGGACGAUGUCGUCUUUAAACUAGACAGCGAGGAUGCUGACUCCAAGUCUAACAUUCUGCUGCUGCCGAUUCACUACUUCUGUAAGAUGGCGGAGUGA